CUGUUUGCACGCACAGAGGGCAGGGAAAAGUGCAGGGCAGGAGACAGCAAGGAGAAAAAAUAAAACAGAAGCAGCUCCUGGAUUUUCGUUUAAACGCAUUGCUGCUGCAUCAUUACGAGCGAAGAGGCGACCCAGCUCAUAAUAAAACCUGAGAUGUGUGAACACAGAACACACAUUCGAGGUUGAUCAACUCUUCUUCCUGGACGCUUGGACAUACUGUAGGAAGGAAGGAGAUCACCUGGAGCAGGUGGAGGAGAACCUCUCUGAUUCUCGCGGGGGAAAUUUGACCUGCCUGAUGUCAAACGAGGAGUGCCGUUCACCCAUCGGCCUGGACUGCUGCAGCUGCUGUCUGGAUUUGGCCAAUGGGUGCGAGCCAGAACCAGGCCGAUCGGGCCACACGAGCCUGGGCAGUCCAACAUCUGUGAACCACUUCAGACAGCUCCGGGACCAGCUUCACUUUCAGAACCUCAACACAGAUAAGCUCAACAACAUCAUGAGACAGGACUCUUUGGAGUCGGUGGUCCGGGACCCCUGCUACCUGCUCAAUGAGGGCAUCUGCAACAGCAACAUUGACCAAACCAUGCUGUCCAUCCUGCUAUUCUUCCACAGUGCCUCUGGCGCGAGCGUUGUGGCAAUUGACAACAAGAUCGAACAAGCAAUGGAUCUUGUAAAGAAUCACCUAAUGUAUGCAGUUAGGGAGGAAGUGGAGAUCUUGAAGGAGCAGAUCAAGGAGCUGGCAGAGAAGAACAACCAGCUGGAGCGCGAAAACAGCCUGCUGAAGAACCUGGCGAGCCCAGAGCAGCUGGAGAAAUUUCAGUCCCGUCUGCCAUCAGAUUCCAGCCUUCCGCUGGAGCCUCAGGAGCUGGGGUCCCCUGAAAAUGGAGACCACCAAUACAGCAGCACGGGCUCUGCUGUAUAAGUGGCUCUGCCAUGGGGCAGGCAGAGCCACAGCUCUCAACCUGAAACAGACCUCCAGAUAUGCAACUUCAAGAUGAAGCUGGCUGUACAGAUGAAACCUGAAAUGAAAGCAUUACGACCAGUACCAGUGGCCUAGUUCUGUAAAAUCCGACAAUCUCUUGGGACUAACAUGGAAAAGAGAGAGUGAUGUAGACAUCCGAGGUUACUGUACAAUGGGACUGACGUGCCCCUUCGCUUAGAAGGCGGCCCAGCCUUGCUUUCCCUUGGUCCCUCUUACGAAGAGACGGAGAGGGGUUUGCCUGAUUGAGCUGGCCCGGAGCGAAUCUUCGGCCUUUCCAAGUCAAGCCAAGGAAAUGAAACGUCCCCCACAGUCUCACAAGAGCACAAGCUAGACGGGACUCAUGUUCAUGCCCUCCACAUCAUUGAUCCCUAGUGCUGUGGACAAUCUUAGCUCCUGUAGAUGAGGACGUUUGAGACGGACCUGUAACGGAGCACUUGUCCACAGCGGCGACUCCUGCCAUAUGAUUUGUAUAGCAUCGCUUGUAUCUCUGCAGAAGGGGCCUGCUGCUUAUGGGGAUUAUUGCUUGUUAAUGCUUUGAAACGGAACAAAAUCAACUUGUUUAUAUGGGCUGUGUGUAAAAAGAAUGAUGAUUUUUGUCUUUAUUUGGGAAUGAAAAUCUGUAUACAUUUGCAUAGUUCUGUAAAUUAGCAAUCGAUGUAAAGCGAAAAUGGAGGUUAGGGAUAGGUGGAAAAUGUUGCUGCGAAUGUUCUGCUGACGUGUGUUCUGCUGACCUUCUUUGCCAACCAACAAACAGGCAUGUUGGUGUCUGAAGAGGGCCACAUGUUUUUUUGACUGAACUUUGUGUUUUCUAACUACCAAAGACUUGCCUAAUACUCACAAGCCAACAGGACCAUGUGUAACUUUUCACAGGGAGACUUUUUUUUGAAGACUGUUUUUUUUUUUUCAAAACAUGGGUAUUGUUGCUUCGUUGUGUCCAUGGUAUUUUUUUUCUAACGAUUUAUGGAUGCAAAAAUGCACAUUGCAAUAAACCUGAUGUUUACACUAA